AGCACGAGGAAGCCAGCGUCGCCUCCCCGGUGGGCGCAAAAGCAGCGGACUUCAUGGCGUAGUGGGUCGUGGAGCGCAUUUUAACAACGCCACCAGUACAAAGCACAAGAACAAAAGUUAGGUGUCGCCCCAAACCCUUCGGUGCCUCACCUGCCUAUAAAAAGGGCACGUCUCAGGCCCUCCACUUCAAUCGCCUUCUCGUUGCCAGGAAGGAGUUGAGCAGCCAUGGCUCAGGGAAGGGGCAGUGCGAGCCACGUCGUGGCCUUCGGGAUUGCACUCCUUUGCCUUCUCCUUCUCUGCGAAAUCGGUGAAGCAGCCGUGUACACUGUGGGGGACAGUCAGGGAUGGACCUUCAACACCGUCGGCUGGACCAAAGGCAAGCGUUUCAGGGCUGGAGAUGUGCUCGUGUUCAAGUACAGCUCGACGGCGCACAACGUGGUGGCGGUGAACGCCGCCGGCUACAGUAGGUGCACGACGCCGAGGGGGUCGAGGGUGUCCAAGACCGGGAACGACCGCAUCAGGCUGCGUAAGGGGACGAACUACUUCAUCUGCAACUUCGCGGGGCACUGCCAGGCGGGGAUGAAGAUUGCUGUGACUGCAGCUUAGUGACGACCUGUGAUGCAAGUAUAUGGGACGAACUACUCCAUAUAGUGUGAUAGACAUGAAUAAAUGCACAGGCUGCUUUGGUCUUGCACAACUGCAGAAUGUGGUAGGGAUUGAUCGUAGUGAUCUACUCUGAUAUGAUGAUGAUAAGGAAUAUGAUUGAAUGAUCAUGUAUCCUAAAAACUUAAAUGUUUAAGGAUAAAUCUGAUAUAUGUCAUACGUGGAUCUAUUUAUUCA